CCCUCUAUCUUCCCGACGCCGCUGCACGCAUAUUUUCUUUUGUCCAUCUCUUGCAUUUAUCAUCGGCUCACUCGGAUGUUCUUCCAUAUGGCUGCUGUGGACACCGACUCUUCACGGGAUUUUGGGGUGUAUAUUGAUGAAAAUGCUUAAUUUCUUUUUACUAUUUGUUGCAUUCCUUCUUUCAUCGUUUGUCUUUGCUUUUUCCUCGUGUCCAGUUGAGUUGGCAUUCUGUAUAAUUCUAAUGCCUGGUGCUGGGGGUGCCUGGGGCGCUGUAUGCUUCAGUCUGGGGCUGCGGGUCGAUAUAUCCUUUGUUUUAUCCUUUGUUUCUGUCUUUUAUAUACCUAGGGAGGGGAGUUUUGGCAUUGGUUGGAACGGUGGGUGGGGGAACUUGUGUAUAGUGGGGAGAAGGGAAGGGCAAGGGAAGGGAAGCAGAGGAAAGGUGUACAUCAGUCUAUAUAUCCCGGAGGUGACGUGUAGAUAUCUCUAAGCUAGGAAAGGCAGCAAUAUGCUAGACGAAGUUGACGUUCCACACCAUUUACAAAACAUGAGGUUUUUCACUGGACUGAUAUGGAGUGUUCAUGUCUCUCGAAUGUGCGCUUUACACCAAAGGCAC